AUGGCAAAGACAAAAGGAAAUGAGAGUAUGAAGAAGAAGAAGAACCCAUUCAUGGAACCACCAAAGAAACAAAUCAAGCUAGGGAGUAGUAGCUCCAAUGCAAGAGCAGCAAUACCAACUUCACCACAUUCCAUUGAUGCAAGUCAAGAACAUGUGGAGAGUCCAAGAAGAGGAGAAGAUGAUUGGGCACUUGUAACCUUUGUUGGAGAACAAAAUCAAGACCCAAGAAAGUGCAAGAAGGCAAUGGAGAAGGAAGCUAGGCUUGAGCAAGCUCUUCAAGCUAGAUGUAGUGAGUACUCACAACUCACCAAGGAGUUCCUCUCCACAGUAGCUCUUGCCUUUCCCAACCACAAUGGAGACCAACCAGCUGGUGAUGGACUCCUACUCUUCAAGAUAGGCGAUGCCAAUGGGCGCAUCUCCAUCUCAGCUCUAUGCCAACUCUUUGGACUUCCCAAUGAGACAGCACAUGACUUCAAGGAGAACUCAAAGAGGAAACAAGCUGCCUUUGCUGAUUGGACACACUUUGCCAAUGAACCAUUCUUGCCUUCAAGGUCAAAGGUGUCUAGAAUCACUCAUCCAGCCAUUCGCUAUGUGCACCGCCUCAUCUCCACCACUUUCCAAUGCAAACAAGAAGCCAACAAGGUCACAACUGAUGAGUUCUACAUCCUCACCACACCAUUCAUCAAGCAUGAGUACAAGGCCAACCUUGGACUUUUACUUGCCAAGACAUUUAUCAAUGUGAGGAAGCUAGCUCAAGACUUGGAAGGCAACAAGAAGCUUUGUGUUCGUUUUGGGAGGCUUAUCACGGCCAUAGUACAACAUGUGGGGAUUGACAUUCCCAACUAUGAGCCACUACCCAAGCCAACCCCUUUGGAUCUCCAUGCUCUUCAGCACAUCCACUUCCUAAACCGUUGGACUAAAGACCCAACUCGGUUUUGCUAUGAGUUUCCAAUUGGUCCAGCCAACACUUCCCUUGUCUUGCUGCCACAUGAAGACAUCCCAAGCCUACGCUCAGGAGUUCAUGCAGUCAAGACUCAACGCCGCCACCAAGAACGCCAUGUUCUCACUACUGGCAUGGCCGCGCACCAAGCUCUAGACCGUGUUAACAAGCUGGAGAAGAUAGUGGAAUGCCAAUCUCGCUUCAUCUCACGCCUAGUCCGUGUAGUUCGCCACAUUGCACCGGAGAGACUCUUUCGCCCUUCUUCCACCGCUAGAGAGCCAUAUGAGCCUGACCUUGGUGAGUUCUCACUAGACUCAGAGCUUGGUUCAGAAGGCGAUGACCCCAUAGAUGAGGAAGAGAGUUCUUCUCACUGCCACACAUAG